UGUAUCACCAUUUAUAAGGGUGGCAUUAUUGGCUGCAUUAAGGAAGUUCGGGCUGGCAACUCUGGUCCACAGGGUUUUCCGAAACCUCCGUUCGCGAAAAGAUUUAAAAUGUUUAAUUAAACGCAGUCUGCGCGUGAAAACAAUGAAUAAAACUCAGUAAAACGGGCGGCGGGGAAACGAUGUGCAAGUGAAAACUGCGGAAAAGGCGGCAGCAGAGAGCGACACAGCGCGUAAAUAAGGAAGGCAGUCGAAAAAAAUCGAUUUUUCAGAGCAGGAUGCUGAAACUUUGAAGGAAUUCAGAAACUGUAGAGAAGACACCCCCAGAAUGCCGGAAAACCUGGAGCUGCAGCAGUUCCAGGAGGGCGCCCCGCCCCCAGAUCCCGCCCCCCGUUGGCUGGAGCGCCUGCAGCGUCGAUUGGGCGCCGACUGUCCCUACUUGGGCAUCCUGCUGGCCACGCUCUCUUCGCUGUUUUUCUCCCUGUGCUCGGUGAUUGUAAAGGGACUGGUGGACGUGAACCCCAUGGAGCUGGCCUCGUUUCGAUUCGUUGGUGUCCUGCUGCCGGCACUUCCCAUCCUGAUAUACACCCGACAGCCGGUGUUUCCGGAGGGCAAACGGGUGAUACUGCUGCUGCGCUGCUUCAUGGGCACAACGGGUCUGAUGCUCAGCUUCUAUGCCUUCCGACACAUGCCCCUGGCGGAUGCAAGUGUCAUCAUCUUCUCCACGCCCGUUUUCGUGGCCAUUUUUGCACGUGCUUUCCUCAAGGAGCCGUGCACGCUCUUCAAUGUGCUGACCAUCAACUUGACAUUGGUCGGUGUGGUCCUGAUCACGCGGCCACCCUUCGUAUUCGGAGACACCGCCGAGAGUGAGGAUGUUGCUGGGAAGACGUACGACAUCUGGGGUCCUGUGGCCGCCAUAUCAUCUACACUCUUCGGAGCCAAUGUGUACAUCCUGCUGCGGGCGCUCAAGAACCUGCACUUCUCCGUAAUUAUGACGAAUUUCGGUACCAUCGCUUUGGUCUACACGCUUAUCGUUUGCGGAUCCAUUGGAGCUGUGUGCUGGCCCAGCUGCGGACGGGAUCGCUGGCUGGUCGUUGUACUGGGCGUGUUCAGCUUCCUGGGCCAGAUCCUGCUCACUCUAUCCUUGCAGAUCGAACAGGCCGGACCAGUGGCCAUUGCUCGCUGCGCCGACAUCGUCUUCGCCUUCAUCUGGCAGAUGCUCUUCUUCGGCGAAACUCCCACCGCGUACUCGCUGGUGGGUGCCGUGAUGGUGAUGGGAUCCGUAGUUCUGACUGCGCUGAAAAAGUGGGCAGGUACCCUGCCACGCGAGUCGUCGCUGAGGAAGCGAUUCAGGCUCAUCCUGCUGGAAUGAAGUGGUUAUACAGUGAUUUUAACUAAAGAAGUUCGCGGUUUCUCCCCCGUCUUGACAUCGUUCUCACCCAAUCCCGGCCAGCAUCAGAGGCCGGCAAACAACCCAGUUCAUUCAUCGUAGACUCUACUUAUAUCAAGGCUCAGAUCGUAGAUUAAUCAAAAUAUAUAAGAAGGGACGCGUGAUAUCCUCUCCACUCAUAAGUAAAUACUCGUAGUGCGUGUUUAGUUUAGCCAAUUUCGCCGAUUUGUUGUUUUGUACAUUGUUAUACAUGCUUAAAAUACGAUAAUAAAUACAACUUAUGAGUAAAAUAGAAACCAGUCAUAAUUUGAAUUUCAACUUUGCGCUUUUUCCGCCGUUAUCGGUUUCUACACUCUACGUACGUAGUACACACCAAAUUCUAAAUGAUUAUUUAUAUUUUUUGUUUAAAUAAUUAUAAAAAUGA